ACCGCGACGGCAAAAUUCACAGCUGCCUCUGAGGACGUGCGAGCCGCACGAAAAUGGCGUCCCCGUCCAUCCGUCCAGUCCGUACGCCGCACACUGGUCUAACCAUCUCAGCCGAUAGAUGAUUCCCCAGAAUUCAGCCAUGGCCUGGGCUGGGCUGCGGUCCAACGGCUGUGUCCAACUAAAAAGUUAGAUCCGUCGGGUUAGUUUCCCCGCACCUUCCUCCAUUUAAUUUGCAUCUACAGAGCCAGCAUCUACAGCUCUACAAUUUCGGCAAAAUUCAUUUGGAAUAUCGACGUUGUUCACAGAGCCAGCCGGAAGUUUCUCUCGAAGCAUCAUGACCUGAAGCUAAAAAUUGCCAUGGAACAAUCGGCAGCUUCGAAACUGAAGAACUCAAGAUGGCUUAUAAGCGGCUUCCUGGCAGCUUCCCCCCACCGCCAUGACUAUAGUCUAUAUACCAGACCUUGCAGCUCGUGUUCCUCCACCAUCCACCCUCUUCAUUCCCUCGCAGAGCCUCUAAUUUCCUCCUCGAGAAAUUAGGUUGCAAACCUCUGGAAAACGUAACUUGAGCGAUGGCGCCCUCGUUCUUAACCGUGCUAGGUUGGUUCAUGUCACCCAUCAUCGCCUUCCUCGUCCACAAGAUCAUUGCCUACCUCGUCUUCAACAUGUCAAGGAAGCGCCGGGAGAAGUUCCGGGAGCUGUCAAGGAAGCUCCGGGACCUGGAAAUCCACACGGUCCCGAAUCUGAUUCGGGCGCUCGAGAUUGUAGAGAACCAGAGGAUUCUGAGAGCAGAAGAAGGCGAGAGGUCCGAAUCCGAUCUGAAGAUACUCGACAAGAUGAAGAAAGAUCUCAAAGCCACCUUGUACGAAGCAGAGGACAUCCUGGAUCUUAUCGAGUAUCGCCGAAUCGAGAAGGCUCUCACCGGGAAGACGGAGCCGCCCCACGGCAGCAGCAGCUGGCUGCAGCAGCUCGCUGAUGCCUGCAGGGAGAGCUGGCUCCGGCGGCGAUGGAUAGUGGUCCCUGUGGUGUGGUGGUGCGUGCAGGGCUUGUGCAGGAUGGGGAUCAGAUCCCUGUAUGCCACCCUACGUGCAUCAGGUAAGCGGCUGCGGAACACGCAGCAGCAGCUCGCUGAUGCCUGCAGGGAGAGCUGGCUCCGGAGAUGGAUAGUGGUCCCUGUGGUGUGGUGCGUGCAGGGCUUGUGCAGGAUGUGGAGAUCCCUGUAUGCCACCCUACGCACAUCGGGUGAGCGGCUGCCAAUCAGCAACACGGCGCCCCCAGUUUCUGUGAUGCCAAUCAGCAACACGGCGCCCCCAGUUUCUGUGAUGCAACGGCUCCGUGUGCGCUGCAGCCACCUUGUCUCGGAAAACGUCAGGUGUCGCAUCACCGAUUGCGGUCGAUCCGUCCUCACCUGGUCGACUUAUGCGAUCGCGACGACUGGCCGUAAGACCUGGGACUACUUGUCAUACGCAGUUUUAUUCCCCAACAGCAACGAGAACGACAGCAUUGGAUUAGAUUCAUUCCCACUCAAUUAUAGACAGAGUUUGAGGGAAAGAAUAGAGCGGAUAGAAUAUAUUGUCAGUGACUUGAGUAAAUCACCACUGUUGAAUCAGCAAAGCCGCAGCAGCAAAAUUCUGGUCCAGGAUACUAACAAGGGAAGCAGCAGUGAACAAGACAUUGAUGACUUGCACAGAUGCAUUAAACGGAAAGUAUUUGGUCGAGAUAAUGAUCUUGAGGAUAUAUGUAGAAAGCUUCGUGAGGGACCCGAUGCUCAUGAACCGAGCUCUAGAAGCAGUAAACCUUAUUCUGUGAUUGGCAUCUAUGGCAUAACUGGAUCUGGGAAGACUACUCUAGCACAAUAUGUUUGUGACCAUGAAAGGAAGCUUAAGGAAGGCAAGCAUUUUGACAAUAUUAUGUUCAUUCAUGUCUCUGAGACUUUCAGAGUGGUUGAUAUAUUCCGUAAUAUGCUAGAGCAGAUGACGGAAGAAAGGCCAUCUGAAACCAAAGGUCUUAAAAAACUAGAGCAGAUGACGGAAGAAAGGCCAUCUGAAACCAAAGGUCUUAAAAAACUACAAAAGGAACUGAAGAGCAUAUUGCAAAACAGACGUUUCUUGUUGGUUCUGGAUGAUGUCUGGAUUAAUGAUGGAAAUAGAAAACAACGGGAGAUUCUACUCGAUGUACUGGAUGCUGGGAAGAACGGAAGUAGAGUCCUGGUGACGGCUCAAAACAUAGAUGCAGCUAGAGCUCUCGGUGCUCAGGAACCUAUUAAAAUACCUGAUUUGAAAGAGGAAGAGUGCUUGUCAAUGUUCAUGGAUCAUGCACUACAAGGUACUGCCGCAUUUGAUGAUCGAGAACAUACAGAAAUUGGGAGAAAGAUUGUGGAAAAGCUACGUAGCUCACCACUUGCAGUAGCAACAGUGGCUGCACGUCUUCGUAUGAACCUAGAUAUUGAUUUCUGGGAUAGAACGGCGAAGCACGGCUUGUUGAAUUGGACCAUGGGAGCUCUGUGGUGGAGUUAUCGACAACUUGAUGCGGACAUCAGGCGAUGCUUUGAGUACUGCAUCACUUUUCCCGGAGGAUACACGUUGGAACGAGAUGAGUUGGUUGGAAUGUGGGUAGCACAAGGGUUUGUAAAGAACAGUAAUCAAACUGAGGACUUGGAAGAUGUAGGCCAGCGCUAUGUUGAUGAAUUGCUGAAAUUCUCAUUUCUGAAUGUUCAAAUCAGGUAUUUUAAUAAGAAGACACUGAUAAUUCACGAUAUGCUGCGUGAACUGGCAGAGUGGGUUUCUGGAAGUGAUUUUUAUAGAAUUAAUUUGAAUGGCUCGCAAAAGGACAUUCCCACAGAAGUUCGUCAUCUUUUCAUUGAGACUCCUAAUAGAAAAUUCUUGAGGAAAAUCACUGACAAAAUUCUUGAGUUGGAAAAUCUGCGGACCCUGGUAAUUAUUGAGGAUACAGAGACAGACUUAAGUAAAGAAAAAAUAUUUGAGAAUAUGUUCUUGAGGUUGACGAAACUUCGGGUGCUGAUUGUUAAAUUUGCACCCAGCAGAAGACUUGUGCUCUCAGUCCCAGCUUCUAUUGGUCAGAUGAAGCAUCUACGUUAUCUUAGCCUUCGAUCUUUCAGUGGCGUGGAGUUGACUUUCCCAAGCACAUUUAGGAAGCUUUACCAUAUGCAGAUCCUAGAUGUUUGGAACUUCCACCUUUCCUCUCCUGAAGAUAUAGUUAAUCUCAUCCAUUUGCGAUACAUCUGGAACAAACUCGAUUUGUCCGACCUUGACAUGCGAGACGAAAUGGCGUCUUCAUUCUUAGUGUGUAAGGAAAAAGGGCAGGAGCUGCAUCAACUGAAGCAUCUAAACGAGCUUCGAGGAAUUCUGAUGCUUUCCGGCCUUAAACUUGUCAGAAACAAAGAGGAAGCUCUUGAAGCCAAGCUAGCCUGCAAAAAAAGUCUAGCAGAACUUGAUCUGGAGUUUGAUGGGUGCAACUGCAAACCAGCAAAACUUGUGUUUGGUUUGGAGUUGUGCAACUGCGAUGCAGAUGUCGAAGCAGAGGUACUUGAGGGCCUUUGCCCACCGAAGGAUCUUGUAAGGCUGGACAUCUGGGACUUCAACGGUUCGACGUAUCCUGGUUGGAUGAUGUUGGGUAGCCAGUAUCCAGACGCGCCAAAGCACCUGCACAAACUUUACCUCCGCAACUGCAGCCGAUUGGCCUCUAUUCCUGAAAAAGACAACGAGUUCUUCAAAUGCCUGCGUGUGCUCGGCAUUAACUUCUGCACCUGGGACGCCUUGCCUGACAAUAUGGAGAGCCUCAAGUCGCUCAGGGAAAUUUCUAUCGUUCAUUGCAAGAACAUCAAAUUCCUUCCAACUCUGCCGGAUUCUCUUGAGUGCAUUAGGAUCUCUGGCAACUCCUUCCUCACAACGUCCUGCAAAGAAGAGGGGAGCUGGAACUGGGACAAGAUCCAGCACAUUCGUAUCAAAGAGUUUUAUGCAUGAUCUGCAUCGUCAGCUCAGGCGGUAGUAAGUCUCUUUUGCCGCCUUCUUUCUUUGUGUCAAUCCUAGCCAUCGGGAGAUGAGACAAAUACACAGCAGGGAGUUGUUGAGCCAGCCAAGCGGUUCGUUCGUCUCAUUCCCCCGAAAUGCAGAGAAGGCGCCACCGGUUGUGUGUUUGUGAUCCCUGGUUGUGGAUUAUUUAUGCUUUUCUAUCCUCAUUCCUUCUUCGCAAAGGCGUACGUCGGCCCUUCACGCACACUUGAAAUGAGUUGUUUUGUUGUGAUGUGUAAUCAGGAGGUUCUGAGCAACACGUACGUGUAACAUUUGAUGAAUUGAUGGUAGUUGUGUGUCAUGUGGAAGAACUGGAAUGCAGUGAUGACUGUUUGCUUA